AUGACUCUCAGAGAUUAUCAACAGACCGAAAAUCGAGCUCCAAGAACGAGAGAGGCAUCACCAGUUCCUUCCAUUUCACGAGUAGUUACACCCACUAAAAGCAAUUCCUCUGACGAAAAUCGCGGUGAAAACUUCUUUUCAAUUCAGAUGAAACCAUCGCAAUCGAAUAUGAACGAAAAUUCGAAACCAUCUCCAGCGAUUGUGGAACCGGACUUUGUCCAUCAGCCCACAAGAGAAGGCAAAUACUCUGCUAACUCUCCCAUGAGACCUUCGGCUCCUCAGCUAUAUUCUCUAAACAACGGGAGAAAGUCGUCUGGUCAACGCUAUGACGAUGAAAGUCUAUCCAAGAAGUUUCAGCAAGCAAACUCUCUUGCGCUACAAAAGUCUCCGGAAUCUUCCAAAAGCAAGAAGAAAAAGAAAAGUAGCCGCAAGUAUGAUCCCAAUGCAUACAAGAUCUUCCUCCUCUUGUUGCAACCAGAGUCCAAGAUCUUUGAGUUGAUUCAGCUGAUCUACAUGCCUAAUGAUACCACUGUUGGAAAAAUCAUCCAGAUGAUUCCAGAGAAUGCUACUGAAGCGGCUCUAGGAACUCAAAAGUACAGCGGUCUUUGCCGACCAAAGACAGAAGAAGAGCUCAUUGAUUUGGACGUUCUCGCGAGUGAAACAAGCUCUGGGAUGGUCUCUGCAAAGAUUACAUUAGGUGAAAUCUUGGUGGCUAUUCCAAAGGGAUACUCCGGAACCAAGGUUGCAGCACUAUCCAAACAGAUUCUAUCUAAUCCAAAGAUCGUCAAGCUUCUAAAGCGAGCAGAUCCAUUGGCACCAAAGAAACGCCGAUCCAGAAAGCAUCGCUCAAAUCGAAGCGUCAGAAGCAAUUCACGAGAACAUGUAGACGUGCUCGAAAAACAUGACGAAGCCGAAGAAAUUAAGGUCGAAUCACAGCAAAAAAUGAAAUUAGCAAUGGAACACGCGGCUGCAGAAGCAGCUGCGGCAAACGCAGCAGUUUCGGGCUGGGAGAAAGAAGAAGAGUUUGUCCCAAAGCCUCUUGUUCGUCAAGACUCAAUUGGAUCGGACGGACAGAGUUUGGGUUCGAGUCUGCAAGAUUCUGUUGACGAGUCCUACUCUUCUUGGUCCAAAUCCUUUGACGCGUCCUUCUCUAGCAAAAUGUCAAUUUGCUCUGGUGUCUCGCGGAGGCAAGUCCGCCGCCGUGAUCGACAAGCCAAGCGAUUGCGCAUCAUUAAGCGUUCUACUUUCGUCGCCUUCCUUGCAAUGGUGGGGCUUUACAUUGUCGAUCCUAAAGAGCAUUCCAAGAACUAUGCGGAGGCUGCUAUGGAUACUCCUAUGGGAGUUGUUGGACUUUUCCAAGUUUGCUUUCUUCUUUUAGCUUUGUACAAGAUUGAAAAGUUCAUUCGUUGUACCUCUGAAGGUAACUUUGACUCUUACCGGAAGUGUCCAUUUCUCAAAGCUUCCGAUGCUGCUAUGCAACGAUUCAAGGGGACUUAUGCAUCGAAACUAAAGAAAUCAGGACGAGGACACGAUGACGAUUCUUCUCUUGUUUCAAAGAGGUUGCGCAGCUACUCACUCAAGACCGCUUCCUUCAGAGACUUGGAUGAAUGA